UGGUUACACUUUUUCGUGUUUUUAAUUAAUUUCAGCAUUUAAUCAGUGGGUAAAAUAACAGGUCUGCGGCCCCUCUGUGCACCAGAGCGAGCUAACAUGGUAGGAUGCAGGCGGCGGUUAUCUCUUCAUUUCCUUUUCCUUCGUCUUUCGCCUCCUCUAAACGCCUAAAAAUGACUACGGCGUCUCCGGAUUUCUCCGCCCACACCCGCCGCCCUGGGGUUUCCACCCUAUUACUGCUGCUCGUGGCGGCGGUGCUCCUUUCCUGCUUCCUCCUCCACAGAGCUGUCCAAUUCGGAAUCACCACUAACAACGGAUCACCUCUCUAUUCGGACAGUAAAGAGUAUAGUCUUGAGAGAGUUUUGAAGGUUGCUUCGAUGCCAGAUAACACAGUGAUCUUAACAACCUUGAAUGAAGCAUGGGCAGCUCCAAAUUCGGUGAUUGAUCUAUUUCUUGAGAGUUUCCGAAUGGGAGACCAAACCCGUUGGUUACUCAACCAUUUGGUGAUUGUUUGUUUGGAUCAAAAGGCAUUUUCCCGUUGUAUGGCUGUACACUCCCAUUGUUUUUCCCUUGUGACUGAAGGAGUUGACUUUUCACAUGAGGCUUAUUUCAUGACCCCGGACUACUUGAAGAUGAUGUGGAGAAGGAUUGAUUUCCUAAGAUCUGUUCUUGAAAUGGGAUAUAACUUUGUUUUCACGGAUGCAGACGUUAUGUGGUUCAGAGAUCCAUUUCCUCAUUUCCAUCCAGAUGCUGACUUUCAGAUAGCAUGUGAUCACUUCUCUGGCAGAUCUGAUGAUCUAGAAAAUAAGCCUAAUGGUGGGUUCAAGUUUGUAAGAUCAAACAAACGAUCUAUAGAAUUUUACAAGUUCUGGCAUGCCUCUCGUGGAUUAUACCCUGGACUACACGAUCAAGAUGUUCUUAAUAAGAUUAAGAACGACUCCUUCAUCCUGGAGAUGGGGCUUCGCUUGAGAUUCUUGGACACUACGUACUUUGGUGGGUUCUGUGAACCCAGUGAAGAUCUGGAUGAAGUUUGUACAAUGCAUGCAAACUGUUGUUUGGGGUUGAGCAGUAAGCUUCACGACCUCAGAAUUUUGCUCGAGGACUGGAAAAUGUAUGUGUCUUCUUCCCCAAUGAGCUCUGAAUCAUCUGGUUGGAGAGUUCCACUGAAUUGUAGUCUUGAUUCACUCCACCUUUAUGUUCAACAACCUGAUCCAACAUGGCCCAACUCAAUCUGAGUGACAACUUGCUCUGACCCUCCCUCGCCUGUGGCAGCACGGAUGGCUAGUAACAUCUGAAAAGUACGGCCAUCUAACAGUUAGGUAUUGUAUCAAGCCCGUAACAUCUGUAAAUCUCUUCUGCACACCUAAAAAAGGGAAAAGAAAAAUCGAAAUGGUGGCUGUAUUUUCCUAGUGAGCCUGUCUAUGUUUUAGUAUAAUCGUUGUCACAGUCGCUCUUAUGGUUUGUGAGUAGAGGUCUGGGGUUAUUUCACAAUACAGUAACAACAGAGGGGAUUGUGAGGGCUUUCACAUAUUCGUACAACUCUUUACGAAAACACGCAGUCUCGUAUUUCCAUUUUUCCAGAUCUCUGGAAUGCAGAGAAAAAUUGAAGUUGCAGGCUACGAGUUAACUUGGGAAAAGGGCUGUGUAUUAGAACUCUGUAUUACUGUGAAAAUAGCUGCUUCCAAUAGUGAUGUACAUUGAAGGCGUAGAUGGAAAAACAAGAUAAUGUUGCUUCAAAUCAUUGUUUACUGAACAAAAUAUAUCUACUUCUUCAGUACUAAUUUUGAAGUUUCUAUUUAUCAUUUCUUUUUAAAA